AUGGCUCUGCUAAGGCCAUGUCUAAGCAACGUCUUAAAUCGGUAUAAAAUAAUAACUAAUCGACAUGUAACCUGCUUGAACCUAUUGAGAAAACGCCAUCAUUAUAGCGGUCAGGCUAUCACAGCAAUUAGUGAUCUAUUACAAGAUUUAGGACCUCAAUUUUAUGCUGAUGGUGAUAAAAUUCGAUUUCUACACCAGCCCACAGAUUUCUAUCAAGAAUUACUGUCCAAAAUAAAAACGGCCAAAAAGAGAAUUACGUUAGCUUCGUUGUACAUUGGAAAUGGAUCUUUGGAACAACGAAUGGUUGACGAAUUACAGCAAGUUUCAAGAUCUAGUAUACAACUUAAUAAACCAUUAGAUAUUAACAUUCUACUCGAUUAUACUAGAGGAUCGCGUGGAAAACAGAAUUCUCGCAAGAUGCUAUUACCAUUAAUAAAUGAGUCGCAUAGCAGUGUUAAUGUGGCCUUAUUCCAUACUCCGCACUUACGUGGUCCUUUAAAAGCUAUUGUACCGGAAAGAUUUAAUGAAACCAUUGGUUUAUCUCAUUUGAAAGUCUAUCUUUUCGAUAAUGAUGUCAUCAUCAGCGGGGCCAAUCUGAGUGAUUCUUAUUUUGUAAAUCGUCAAGAUCGAUAUAUAGUUAUUGAAGAUAAUCCAGAAUUUGCAAAUUUUUUUCAAGAUUUAAUAACGGUUGUCAGUAAAUAUUCUUUACAGUUACAACCAGAUGAUACAACAAAAAUGUUAGAAGAUAUAAACGUUCAUCCAUACGAAAAUAACGAUAGUAGUCAAGAAUUUAUUAAUGCUAUGAGAAGCGAUAUUCAUCAACUGUUACACAAAUAUAAAGAUUCUAUAAAGAAUAAUAAUUUAUCGAAAUCAAAUACUGUUAUAUUCCCUCUGAUUCAAAUGGGGCCGUUUGAAGUAAGGUUUGAUGAGGAGGCCACUCAAAGGUUAUUUGGAUCACUACGGAAAGACUCUACAUUGCUCUUAGCAUCUGGAUACUUUAACCUAAUAGAAAAAUAUUUAGCAACAAUACUUACUAAAUCUAAAGGCGACUAUAAGAUUUUAACGGCUGCACCUGAGGCUAAUGGAUUCUAUGGUGCAAGUGGUAUUGCAGGCUAUAUUCCGGAUUCAUAUACGUAUAUUGCUAAACAAUUCUAUCAACGUAUCGUGAGCGAAAAUCAAGAUCAGCGUAUAAAAUUGUUAGAAUACGAACGUCAAGGUUGGACCUUUCAUGUCAAAGGUUUGUGGUAUUAUUAUCAACAAGAACAACUGCCUUCAAUGACUUUGAUUGGUUCCUCAAAUUUUGGUUAUCGAUCCACCUACCGCGAUUUGGAAGCUCAAAUAGCAGUUGUAACAAGUGAAUCUAACUUACAAGAGCUUAUGAAAGCCGAACAAGAGAGUAUUUUCUCUUAUGGAAAAGCUGUUAACCAAGAUGUAUUUCGUUCCGAUCGAAGGCAGGUAGCUUUUUGGGCUCAGAUGGUAACCAAGUACAUAUUGUGGAAGUUUUUAUAA